AAAAUGAAAACUAAAUCAGAACUAGAUGGAUGACGUGUACGUUGGGUCCUUCGCAUUUCCGGGUUUGGAUAAACACAUUGGCUGUGGAGUCGGCUCGUCUAAAACAUGUCCAAAGUAACGUUUAAAAUCACGUUAACGUCGGACCCCCGGCUGCCAUUCAAAGUUUUAAGUGUACCAGAGAGCACACCUUUCACAGCUGUGUUGAAAUUUGCUGCUGAAGAGUUCAAAGUGCCUGCAGCUACUAGUGCGAUUAUAACAAAUGAUGGAAUAGGAAUUAACCCUGCACAGAUGGCAGGCAGCGUGUUUCUGAAGCACGGCUCGGAGCUGCGCCUCAUUCCCAGAGACCGAGUGGGAGGGCGAGGAGACUGACUCACAGCAGACCCCAGCCCACGGAGUCCAGGAAACACCUCCAACCAACGCAUAUGUAUAUUUAUUUUAUUUAGACCCCAAAUGACAGUGAUGAGGACAGGGAGAUCCAAACUGCACACGCCAAUGCAGUCUGGUUGCGUAAUUAGUGCAUCUACAUUCAACUAAAAUGGACUCAUAUUCUGAUUAGGCACAGCAUUGUCAUGACCUGUCAGUUCCUGGGCGUUAUGUAAGAUGUUGUGGUCUCGCAUGCCGUUUCACCAACACCCAUUGAUUUACCUCGUCCUAUAGGUAUUAUGGACCAUUUCUGACAGAGACCACUGCAGUUUUUGAACACGUCACAAGAGCUGCGAUGUGGUUCAGUUUUCUAGUCAAUACUUAAAGCUGCACUAUGUAACUUUUACAUUUUACUGUUUCACCAUCCGCUUGUUUCCAUGGAGAUGUUGCUUUGCUUGGAAUGUUACCCACCCAGAAUGGUAUUAAUUAUAUUAGUCUUGCAUUUAUUUCAUUACUGGUGUUUUUAUUGUUGAAAUAUCCCUUUUAAAACACAGCUGGUGAGCCCAAAAAUUUACAUAGUGUAGCUUUAAUUCUUCACACUUUAAAGGGCCCAUAUUAUGUUAUUUUAUGAUCUAUGUUAUAAUGUUUUGUCCAAAAGUAUGCCUGGGAUUGUGUUUUGUUUCAUUCACACGUUUAACGCAUAAACAUCAGCCCUGGAAUUGCUGAUCUCUACUAAAGAAAGGUAAAAGGUAGCUGAAAACUACCACUUCAUGAAAUCACAAGGUGGAAGAGACCAUUUUGUAGCCCGAUUCAUCAGUCAGGUUCACUUCGUGGAAACUAUCUGACCUCGCAGCAUUAGAAUUUGUUUGCUCGACGGUAGGCGGGUACUUUAUUUAACCAAUCGCUGCUAUUUGGCAAUGAUGUCUGUAAUGCCACUAACGGGGCUAACUGGUAUAUUAAGCUUUUCUCAAAUCCCGUAGGAGGAAGGGCAAUAACAUCUUUCCCCUUGAUAAAAUUCACCAAACAUUCUCUUUAUUUGGUUAUAAAUCCUCGAUCUCUUGAAUUGUUGCCAGCACAAAAUUUAUGGCUUUUCGCUGAUUGGCUGGUGCCUGGACUCGCACUUCCAGGGGUCUUGCAAACCGUCCAGUGUAUUCCGAUUCCUGACCUAGUCUCUGGAGAGAAGUUAAAUUGAGCGGAGACACUAGGUGGCGCCAGCCUGGCUAACCAUUUUGAUCUUUGGGGGGUGUAGACAGAUUAGUAAUGCGGGAGUACUCAAUCAUGUGUGAAUGAAACAAAACACAACUCCAGGUCUGUUUUUGAGGAGGUUGCAACAUUCUAACAUGACUUAAAGCAACAAAACAGUUAAUUUUGUGUACUAUAGAAACUUUAAUUGUAUCCACCUUCUUGUAUAUCAACUUUGAGGACAACAGGGUCUUUCCAGAAGAUCAUGUCCACUGACUGGCAUUAGAAUGAAGAGGUAAUUUCACCUGUUAGUAGCUAUAAUAUUCUGCCUAUUCAGUGUAAACUACAAGUAAAAUAAUAUAUUAUAACAGUUGUAUCUUUUGUACUAAAUAACGUAAUUGUCCUAUUUCAAUUCUAAUCAUUUCAUCAGGUUUUGUAACAUGCAAAAGCAAAAUGUCUCUUGCUGAAAUUACAUUUAAACAAUAAUUAAAUAUAUUUUUCAAAUGUAAUUUUGUGAAAGUAACGGCAUUUAUUUGUCCAAACGUUCUGUGGGCCAGCGUUAGAGGCAAAGAAUUUCACAGACCAAGAUGGAGCUCUACUGCCCCCUGUAGGCCUCUGCUGAAACAGGCUUGGUUACCUCAAUGCUUAUUAUCUAAAAACACAUGUUCUUCCUGCUACAAGUCUAAUUGGGGGUAAGGAUGCAGGUGAAAGCGAACGUGUAUGGAUUCUUAAAAUAGUCAUAAUUAAACUAAAGGAUGUAAAAACUGCAGCUAAGGUCAAAAAAACUCAAAAUCAUGUGGGAAAUAUAAGUGGGAAGUGUUGGAUGACUUGUUGCCUUUUGCCAUAUGUUGUUGUCAAAACUGAUACUAGGAAGUUACAUAUUUUUAAUUAAAACCAUGACUUGCGGGA